AUGAAUAUGUUGGAUGAUGAAGAUGACCAAAUCUUUCACGCUACGCGUGACGGCUACUCCCAUUUGAGCGAUGUCGAAUGGGAUGCGGUUGAACGAAUGGGUUCAACCAUGGGCAUCCAUGCUGUUAGCGUCAUGCUAGAGGCUCUCAAUAGAGAUGCCCAACAUGCUACUAUCGCCAAGCUCAUUCAAAAUGAACUUGACGCAGAGCGCGAGAAAGUAGCCUUGCUUCACCAACAAGGUUCUCAACAAGCAGAGUUGUUGAGAGAACAGGGUGCUCAACAGUUUGAACUGUUGAGACAGCAGCAGGCUGCUGCUGGCGGGUCGAUGCACUCGCGUCGACCCGAGACUUUGAAGAUUGACAUCUCAAAGCAUAGGGGGGUCGAAGAAGACUCCCUCUUGAGAUGGUUCGUCGAAUUGGAUGACGCCAUAAGGGCGCGUCGCAUCGACGACGGGGAUAUGCAAGUUGCAUUUGCCCAGUCAAAUCUGGCAGGACGUGCCAAGACUUGGGCACUGGGGCUCAAGUUGCACGACCCAUAUGCGUUUGGGUCGUUGGAAGUCUUCAAGUCGCGGCUCAGACAAACGUUUGAACCGCCUAGAGCUGAGUUCAGGGCUCGAACCGAACUCUUGAAGCUCAAGCAGGUAAGCGUGAUGUGCACGCUUACGCUCAACAUAUACGACAUCUCACGAGUUGUAUAA